ACCGGAAGUGCGCCACGUUCUGUUUUUCCUUUCGCUAACGUUGCGAUUUGUUUUAUUUUUUAGAUGAUUCUCGGUCCAAAGCAAUGAGGUGAAGCGCGUUGCUUUUAAUAUUUAUGUUUUAAAUGAGCGGAGGACCAGGUGUUCAGGUUUUCAGGUUUCACCGAGGCUAAAGGUGAAAAUGGAGACGCCGACGUUUGUAACGUUAGCGUCCACCGAGGCGGGCGGACUCUCCUGUUUCCGUUGAUGUCAAACGGUCCUGCCUCCAAUGAAAGAAGCUCUGAUGUCUAACCUCUAUGGAGGAUGAUGGACGCCCCGUCUCCUAACGACAGCCAUGCUCCCUGUCAGCCGUGGGGCGUCCAGAACGGCUGGCCUUCAGAGACACCAGCAGGACCGCUCUGCAAUCCUCUGCCCCACCUCCAGCAGCUCAGCCUGGGCGUUUCACCUAACCAAAAUCCGAGCCGCAACCUCCCGCAGGCGUCUGCCGUUUACUCCAAGAGCGGCCUGGCUGCCUUUUCAACCUGGAACAACCCUCAUCACAGCGUGCAGUAUGCUUAUAAUGACGUUCACAGUGUACAGCAGGGCGUCCCUGAUGCUCGUGUUUUAUCCACAGUUCCCCCAGCGGUCCAAGAAAGGAAUAUACCGCCAUGCUCUCUUCCAGUGACGAAUGAAGGGACGCAGCCUUUCGUCCCCCAGCAAAUCCAACAUUAUUCCCCUCCUAACCCGUACCAAGCAGUAGAUCCGUCGUUCUAUUCCCAGCACACGUAUCGAAGCCUCCUGAAUCAGCCUCAGUCACCGGCUCAAACCCUUCUUCCUGUCAGCCCUUCCUGUGUUAAACCUGAAUUAACUGCGCCUGACGGGGUGAACGUGGGGUCUUUAGUCGGAUAUAAUGAAUCUCUGGCCUCACCCAGUGCUCUUAUCCAGCAGCAGCCUCUGUGGAGCGUAGCAGCAAUCUCUAAAGGGGGUAUAAACGACUUUGUGCCCAAUACAGCUGCAUUGGACCAUAAUUUAGGACUGCAGUCUCCAAGCUCUGAGUCUCGUUAUGGUCUGAACCCUGAACUCCUACCAAGCGCUGUGAAGGUGAUGGCAGAGGACAGAGCGGAGUGGGAGGGCAAAGUUUUCUCCUCGGAGCAUUUUUCCCGGCUGCCUCCACUGGCCACCACGCCGUGCGUCAUAGAGGACAGAGGUAAUGCAAGCCCUUUGGCCAUCCGCUCCCUUACCUACUGCGUGCCCUGCGACGGUCAGACGGCGCUGCUCAGCCGCCUGCCACUCGGAGCGCUGGUUACGCCUUUCAACGAACAAACUGCGUCCGCGGAGCCCAUCCCUCUGUGCAGGGAGACAGAUUGCAUUGUGGGUUGUCGGUGCGGGGCCGCCAUGUGCCCGGCCAUGGGCUGGCAGGACUGUGGACAGAGGUUUUAUUGCCCCUUCUGUGGGAAACUAAAUGAAGUGCCAUGGCAGCAGUACCAGCCCACCAGGGGAGCAGAGGGGGUCCGAGUCGACGUAGACAAGAGGCCGGAGCUCAGCAUGGGGUCGUAUGAAAUACUGAAGUCAGAGGAGGGUGAAGCUGCUGCACUUCUUCUAGCCGUAGAUGUUUCUUCCUCCGCUCUGAGAGGAGGACACUUGGAAUUUGUAGCAAAGCAAAUACAAACAUUGCUCGCCUCAUUGAACAGAGAGAAAGGAUCUUCCUCAUCGGAUCUCCGUGUGGGUUUGAUGACGUACGACAGCCGGAUCCACCUGUAUGACCUCAGUCCUGACCUCUGCCGUCCUCACAUGAUGGUCAUCGCCGAGACGGAAGACCUGCAGCUCCCUGUGAGGGAGGGGCUUCUGGUGUCCCUUAAGGACUGCAUAGAGAGUAUAGACAGUGUGUUGCAGCUCAUUCCUCAGUUCAGUGCAGAGUGCGGCGACCCCAGCGGACUUCCCAUUGAGCUUCCUGUCAAAGCGGGCCUGGCUGUACUGCAGGGCUUGAGGUGUCCUGGGAAGCUGCUCGUCUUCCACACGGCUGCUCUGAUAGAGACCGGACACACCAACUCUUCCUCAGGGUUCUUUGGGACCAACAAACCAAAGUCCAUCUUUCAGCCUUCAGAGAAAGCCGUCUCAUUGGCUAAGGAGUGCGUCAGCCAAGGAUGCGGCGUUCACAUGUUUGUUCUCUCACAGCAGGAUGUGGGCGGGGCAUGGCCCGGCCACGUCCCAUUUUUAACUGGUGGAGCUUUGCACACCUACAGCUACCUCCAGGGUGAAUUGGACAGAGAGUGUUUUAGCGCGGAUCUAAAGCGGAUCGUUGAGACGGACUCGGCCUACAAGGCCGAGGUCAGGAUAUUCGUCAGCAAAGAUCUGCGUGUGUCUGGUUGCUACGGGCUGUUUGUUCCCGGUUCGAACCCUGGACAUGUCAGCAUGGCAACACUGGAGCGGAGGACGACGCUGGCUGUGGAGCUCGCACACAGCAGAGCUUUGGAUGAGAGCAGAGGUGCAGCCCUGCAGGUCGUCCUUUCUUACACGUCACAGACGGGAGAGAGAAGGAGCAGAGUUCACACUUUGACACUCAGAUGCUCACGCCACCUACAGGACACUUUCAGGAACUACCAGGCUGAAACCCUUCUCACGUUCUACUGCAAGAAGAUGUACUGCACGGUCUUAGAGCGCCCCCUGCAGGAGAUAAGGGAGGAGCUGCAAACGGAUGCAACAGAAGCGCUGGCGUCUUACCGCAAAUACUGCUGCUCGUCUUCAGUGUCUGCCGGGCAGCUGGUCCUCCCUCAGUUCCUGCGAGCGCUCCCCGUUUACGUCAACAGUCUGAGGAAGAGUGAGGUGCUGCUGCCGGGCCUGAGGAGCUCCGUCCACCAGCGGCUGCAGCAGCGCUGCCGGGUGCUUGGCCUGGACACCCGCUGCACCGUCAGGCACUUCUACCCUCUGCUGCUGCCUCUGCUGCCUUCAGUCGACAGCUCCAGCCCUCCAAACCCAGAGGGGGCGCUACGCUGCAGCGGUUCCAGCCUGGAGUCCAGCGGUGUGUAUCUGCUUCACGCUCCCUUCACCGUGCUGCUCUGGGUGGGCUCUCAGGUCCCGGCGGCCACACUUGUGGACCUCUUCAACGCCAGCUGCUUCUCUUCGCUGCCUUCAGGCGAGACCAACCUGCCAGCUCUGCAAAACCGUCUGUCCAUCAGUGUCCGCUCCCUCAUCGCCUCGCUCAACUCCGAGGUUCCCUACGGCCGCACGCUUGUGGUGGUGAAACAAGGCGACACCUGUGAGGAGGCCCUGCAGCGCCACCUGGUGGAAGACAAGAGUCCCAACGGAGGAGCGUCCUACGCCGACUUCCUGUACCAUCUGCACGUCAACUCUGUCCGUCUCCUGCAGUGACGCAGGAACACGCCUCCGCUGAGCUCUUUGGGUGCCGAACAUGAAAGGACUGAAAAAAUAAUCAUGGCAUUAAUAUUAACAUUUAAAUUAUUGCUAUCUCAAACUAUUAAGACUGUUCUCAUCAGUUGGCUGUGAAUGGAGAUGUCCCCAGGAAUUACCUCUUUUUAUUUAUUUAUUUAUGUAUUUAUUUAUUUAUUUAUUGAAGAAUGAUGUUUGUGUGGAGAAUGUUUUCUGUCAGUUUAUUCAUCGGUGUCAGAGGUUCCCUAAUCCCUGCUUUCAGGUGUGUGAGUUUCUCUGUGGAUAAAAGAAAUAAAAGAAUAAAGAAUUUAACUAAACCCA